AUCGCAGCCAGUGGAAAGUUGCGUCUGUAUUCAAAGAUUAAUAUUUAGAAACUUUUUCGUUACGUUUCCAAAUGGAUAAAAAGGGAAAGCCAAAGGUCGAACAAUCAGUUGAACCUGUAGAAAAUGGAUCGGACUUUGUUGAAAGCUUUCGUAAAACAGUAAAAAGGGAAUUCGGAGAGCAAAUGAUUCAGAUUGCAAUGGAGAAAAUGGUUCCAAUGUUGCGAGAUAUGGCUUUGGAAGGUGGACAAAUUGCAGCCAAGGAAGUAUUAUAUGGUGACGAUGUAGAAAAACUACAGAAGGAGUUGGGGAUAAAAGAAAAGGAGUUAUAUAAACUUGAAAGAGAAAAAAAAAGCUUUACAAGAACACUUGAAGAAUGAGAGCAGUAACAAGAACGAGUUAGAGUUAAAACUUAUAGAAAAGGAAACUGAAAUAAAAUUAGCUGAAGGUCGUAUCAAAGCUUUACGAAAACAAAUACAAGCAAAAGAAAAGGAGUUCAGUAAAGAGAGAACUGAAAUGGAACUACUGAAAGAGAAACAUAAGACUGAAAUUGAAUCAUUGAAAAAACAAAAUGACGAACUAAAAUCAAAGAUUGCUGUAAAUUUAGCAGGUGACAACAAUGCUAAGCAUGCUCUUGUUCAGGUUCGAGAAGAAAAUGAAAAAUUACAGGCAGAAAAUGAAGAAUUAAAAAGAAAACUACAGAAAAAAGUGAACAAACAAUGAAAUAGACAAAUGAUAUCAACUUUUAGAUAUUAUUUAUGCAA